CAAGGUUGACAAGGACUGAAUAUCUUUUUCCAAGCAGAGUUCUGGCCAUACUUCGAAUGUUUGUCUGUGCUUCAGGUUGUUCUGUGUCUGGUUUCGAAUCCAUUAAGCGGAAACUGAUUUUGUUUACAUUUCAUUUGCUGAAUGCGAAAUGGGCUUCGAAAAAAAAUUCUCCACCGUCUUGAAUGCUCCGAACGAGGAAGACAUCGAGAAAAUCAAGAAAAAAAUCGGUGAAAACGAGGAUAAAAUUGACAAACAGCUCCAGAUAUUGUACCAAUGGCUGGACAGCAAACCGAAACUGCCGAAAAAUUAUGAUAGAACGAAAGUGUUGAACUUUUUGAGAGUCUGCAGUUUCGACAUGGAGAAGUGCAAGAGGAAGCUUCAGGCCCAUUUUUAUGUGAGGCACGAAUACCCUUCAGUAUUUUCGAAUUUGAACCCCAGAUCCAAGGAAAUAUCCGAGUUUCCAAAAAUAGGAAAUGCCCUUUUCCUACCAAAUUUAACACCGAAUGGAGAAAGAAUUUUUUUUCUGAGCCUACACGAGUUCGAUAUCGAUAAGAUGGAUGUCCAUGCAUACGUAAAAUAUUCUUAUAUGUGCUAUGACCUUGUGCUACGUGAACCAUUUCCAGUGAGCGGUGAUGUGAUAAUAAUGGAUGGUAGUGGAUUCACCAUGAAACAUUUCCUGAAAUGCAUCAACACAGCUGUGAAAGAUUCGGUGGAAAUAGCUUACAAAGGAUAUUUGGUCAGACAGAAGGCCAUUUACGUUGUCAAUGCCCCAGCUGCUGUUGACACGAUGCUGGCCACUUGGAAAUUGUUCCUGACUGAGAAAAUUAGGAAAAGGGUUGUAGUGAGCAAAAAUUACGAAAUAUUGACGAAAACCUUCCCCCCACAUUGCCUACCAGAAGAGUAUGGUGGUACUUUACCAAAAGUCAACGAACUAACAAGAAAAUGGCACGAAGUGAUGCUAAACAACGAGGAGUGGUUCCAAGACCAAGAGAAGUGCAAGACAAACGAACCUCCUCAAAAAGAAGACAACAUUUACGACGAUAGAUUCGGGGUAGAGGGUACUUUCAGGAAAUUGACCAUCGAUUAAGGGUCCCUCUGGAAGAAGACUGUUUUCUCUUCUUUGCCUUCGGGAUGAUGUGAAUGACUCUGUGUUCUUGACAUUUUGAUUUAGGAGGCUGUGAAUCGAAUAUUAUAUGCCAAGUAUGUUAGGUAUUGUGACUUAUUUAAGGUUGAAUUUAGGUGUUAGGUAGUUUCAUGUUAUAAGUCUCAUAUUUUCAGUUUUUAUGAUAAUAUUUGAAUAGAAAUAAAUCAGAA